ACAUUUUUAUUUAUAUAUACGAUGGCUUGUGGCCGAGUGAAGGAGCACACAACCAGCAACGUCUAGAGCGCCAGAGGGAGAGAAGAAGCUUUCUCUUCUUGUUUUUCUCUCUCACUUUCCAGGAAAUUUAUUGUUUGGUUCACAUUUUUUCCCGGAGAAGAGAAAAAAAAUGUUCAUCGAAAGCUUUAAGGUUGAGAGUCCUAAUGUCAAGUACACAGAGAAUGAGAUUCAUUCCGUGUACGACUAUGAGACCACCGAGCUUGUUCAUGAGAACAGGAAUGGCACCUACCAAUGGGUUGUCAAGCCCAAGACCGUCAAAUAUGAAUUCAGGACCGAUGCCCAUGUCCCCAAGCUAGGGGUUAUGCUUGUGGGUUGGGGAGGAAACAACGGCUCAUCUCUCACUGGUGGUGUAAUUGCCAAUCGGGAGGGAAUUUCAUGGGCAACCAAGGACAAGGUGCAACCAGCCAAUUACUUUGGCUCGCUGACUCAGGCAUCGACCAUCCGAGUUGGGUCCUACAAUGGAGAGGAGAUUUACGCUCCAUUCAAGAGCCUCCUCCCUAUGGUGAACCCAGAUGACAUUGUUUUUGGGGGAUGGGACAUCAGUGACAUGAACCUGGCAGAUGCAAUGGCCAGGGCUAAGGUCCUGGACAUUGAUCUGCAGAAGCAGCUGAGGCCCUACAUGGAGUCCAUGGUCCCACUCCCUGGAAUCUAUGACCCUGAUUUCAUUGCUGCCAACCAAUGCUCUCGUGCCAACAACGUCAUCAAAGGCACCAAGAAAGAGCAGGUCCAGCAGAUCAUUAAAGAUAUUAGGGAGUUUAAGGAGGCAACCAAGGUGGAUAAGGUGGUGGUGCUGUGGACUGCCAACACAGAGCGAUACAGUAAUUUGAUUGUGGGACUGAAUGACACCAUAGAAAAUCUCUUGGCUUCUCUGGAUAGGAAUGAGCCUGAGAUCUCUCCUUCCACCUUGUAUGCUCUGGCUUGUGUCAUGGAAAAUGUUCCCUUUAUCAAUGGAAGCCCACAGAACACUUUUGUUCCAGGGCUGAUUGAUUUGGCUAUUAAGAGGAAUAGUUUGAUUGGUGGGGAUGAUUUUAAGAGUGGUCAAACCAAGAUGAAAUCUGUAUUGGUGGAUUUCCUUGUUGGGGCAGGCAUCAAGCCAACAUCCAUUGUGAGCUAUAACCAUCUGGGAAACAACGAUGGCAUGAAUCUGUCUGCUCCUCAAACCUUCCGCUCCAAGGAGAUCUCCAAGAGCAAUGUUGUCGACGACAUGGUUGCCAGCAACGCUAUCCUGUAUGAGCCUGGGGAGCACCCUGACCAUGUGGUGGUCAUCAAGUAUGUGCCAUAUGUUGGAGAUAGCAAGAGAGCCAUGGAUGAGUACACUUCUGAGAUAUUCAUGGGUGGGAAGAGCACCAUUGUGCUGCACAACACCUGCGAGGACUCACUCUUAGCUGCUCCCAUCAUCUUGGAUUUGGUCCUUCUUGCUGAGCUCAGCACCCGCAUCCAGCUCAAAGCUGAAGGAGAGGACAAGUUUCAUUCCUUCCACCCAGUUGCCACCAUCCUCAGUUACCUCACCAAGGCCCCUCUGGUUCCACCAGGCACUCCAGUGGUGAAUGCACUGGCGAAGCAGCGGGCAAUGCUCGAGAACAUACUAAGGGCUUGUGUUGGAUUGGCUCCCGAGAACAACAUGAUUUUGGAAUACAAGUGAACCAGACCUCAAGACUGCUCUCCAGAAAAUAAUCCCUCCUCUUCUAUAAGAACUUGUGUUGAUGUUUUCAAACAUGUAAUGUGUGAGAAAAUCUAGUAGCCGGUGUUCCUGUUCAGUCUCAGUCUCUUCUUUAUCCCUUUUUUUUUUCCACAGUGGUGCUCACAUGUGUAUUCCGUGGGCUUUAGCUCAUUGGGCAACCAUCUCUUUUUUCUAGUAAAGAUACGUAAAAGAAUUUGUGCGUUUA